AGCUAGCUGAGUAUUGCUUUCUCUGAAUUUAUCCCAGGAUAUAAGAUUGCACCUCUUAACACAGAUUACAAAUUUAACUAUUUCAAGACCAUCAUCUAUUUUAUUCUCCUUAUUGAAAGAUUCCAAGAAAUCAUUUUUUUCUUAAAGCAAUCAUUGUAAGGUCUGUGCAUUGCCUUCCAAAUAUGAUAGAAACAUUUUCUAUUGCUACUGCCCUUCUGUUUUGCUUUCUUUGUGAAACAUGUGGUUUAGUGUUACCUAACCCCACAGACUUAACAUUGCCUGCCAACAAUUACACUGCUUCCAAGCCAGAUGUAAGUGCUCAGCUGGACUCUGCAAAUAUCACAAAAUCCAGAAGAAAGCGCUUUAUUUCUCAAAAUGAUAUGAUUGCUAUUCUUGAAUAUCACAACCAAGUUAGGAGCAAGGUCUUCCCACCUGCAUCAAAUAUGGAAUAUAUGGUCUGGGAUGACACCUUGGCAAAGUCUGCAGAAGCCUGGGCUGCGGCUUGCAUUUGGGAUCAUGGCCCUCCAUAUUUAUUGAGGUUUCUUGGUCAAAACUUGUCUGUGAGAACUGGAAGGUAUCAGUCAAUACUUCAGCUGGUGAAACCAUGGUAUGAUGAAGUAAAAGACUACGCGUUUCCAUAUCCUCAGGACUGCAACCCCAGAUGUCCGCUGAGAUGUUAUGGACCAAUGUGUACUCAUUAUACACAGAUGGUUUGGGCCACCACUAACCGAAUAGGAUGUGCUAUUCAUACAUGUCACAACAUGAAUGUUUGGGGAGCAGUAUGGAGAAGAGCAGUCUAUUUAGUGUGCAACUAUGCUCCAAAGGGAAAUUGGAUUGGAGAAGCACCAUAUAAAGUCGGAGUGCCUUGCUCUGCAUGUCCGCCAAGUUACGGAGGUUCCUGCACAGACAACCAGUGUUUUCCAGGAGUAACAUCAAACUAUUUAUAUUGGUUCAAAUAAACUCAUCUAUCCUUA